AUGCCGUUAGUCAAGAUCUUCUCCAAGCAGCCGCUCAAAGUGCCCGUGAGCAUGCUGCACACCACACUGGCCAAGAUUUGGGGCGUCAGCACUACGCCAGAAGUUCUGAAGGUGCUGAACCUCCCGCUCUUCGAUGCCAGUGGCUACGAAGAUGUCUUCGUGGACAUCCGCGCUAAGCAGAAGGUGGAACGCACCGCCGAGGUCCUCCAAGACUGCUGCCAGCAAACCGCGGACCUUCUCAGCCAGACCGGUCACAGCUGCCGAGUCCGCCUUGAGGUCUACGAGCCGUCGCUGCAGUUCACUGCACCCAGAAAGAGGCCUCCGUCCACCCGUGAGAAGUUGACAACGAACCCGUUUCAAGAGGAGUAG